GCUAGGUGGCUAACGCUAGUUUACGGUAACAUACCAACGAAUAACUGGCUAAAAACACGGCACCAUGCCGUGAACAUGUAACGAUUUCAUUGCGUUUUUUAAAAUGAUAUCGUAACCUACCGUACCGAAAGCUAUCGUAACCUAUAUAUUUAUGUCGUCUUGCUUAUCUAGAGGGAUCCCGUGUUUUCUAUCCACCCUUCCUGAAUGCAUAAUUACGGCGAAGAACUGAUGUGGUCUUGUAAACAUGGAGCUGAAGUUGGAGGUUGUUUUGUCAUCCAGCAUCAAGAGGAAGAAACCAUGGCCACGUUUCUGCUGGCUUGGGCAGGAGAAGGAGUCUGUGUUCCUGUUAGAUGACAAACGGAUCAGUGAGAUCAACAUGGUGUCUGGUCGAACCAAGAAGAGGACCCCUAAACUCCAUCCUUUACUCAACAGUGUGGUGACCAUGGCUUCAUCCCACAAUGGCAUUUGGCUUUGUGGACUUUUGGUCUCAGGAGAGCUCUUUCUGUGGAACAGGGAUAAAGAUUUGUUGAAGACUGCAGCAGCAGCUCUAGAAACAGUCCACAUAAUUACUUCUCAAGGAAGUGCCACGCGGUUGUCUCUCCAGGUUUCAGGAAAUGGGAUGCGUGUCCUACUGGUAGCCAUAACAGGGCAAGUUUUCCUGUGGGAGUGUUUGGAUGUCAGGGAUUUGACAGGAGUACGAGAUGGCACAGUCAAGGGACAAUGGUCUCAUAUACAGCCCCUUGAGGAUACCAUUCUGCCUUCUUCCCAAGACAAAGAAGCAUCUCAACACACAAUUUUUGUAAAGACAGAGGUUUUGGGUGAUGCCUGCUUAUCAGCCUUUGUUUUCACAUCUGGAAAGAACCUAAUCAUCACCUGUCUGAAAGUCCAAUGGGAAGAAGGCCACAUGAGAGUGGGUUGUAUGGGAUAUAGUGUACAGUGGGCCACCAAGACAUACCCCAUGUCUUGUCUUACCCCCCCGUGCCAACCAGUGAAGUCAAGAGGGGCCUUGGUGCCAGCCUUCUCCCCAGAUGGCAAACUGUUAGCCGUCGUCCUGAACCAGAGACAGCCAAAGGCUACACAGGUCCUCUUUGUGAGCACACAGAAUUUUGUCUCAAUAUCAAGUAGCCUCGGGGGAUGUGGAAGUAAAAAGAUGGAGAUCCCCUCUAAAUACAUAAGGUCCUAUUGGGUGGGCAGUGUGAGCUGGUCACCCAGCGGCCUGUUCCUGGCUUGUGUUCUAAAGAGAGGCUCCCUUCUUAUGUUGGCUCGCCUUGGAGGGCUUCUCACUCUAACAAGCUCUGGUUGCAAUAUUGACUUAGGGCCUGCACAAUUCCUACCCCUGCACCCUCUCGUCACUUACCGGCCACCACUGUCUGCAGGGAGAGGUGAGGCCUCUCUGUCCAGUUCUAGCUUGUCUGUGCGGGAUGUUCUGAGGCAGCGAUAUUCUGUGACCUGGCAUCCACGGCUGUUGUAUCUCAUUGUGUCUGAUGGCUACAUGGCCACGGUUAUGAGGGUGCUCGAUAGGCCUUCUCCUGCUCUGUUGCUGAAAACACUUCUCAAGGACACAAGCAAGGAUCUUGAGAAGGCCAGCCGCAUACUGGAUAAAUCACAGAUUCAUGUGAGGGCAUGGCUGGAGUCCGUAUCUUGCCUGAAUCUUGACAGCAGCCUUGAGGUGCUCAACGCCACUGUUACAUGUGGGCCCAACACCUCAGCCUCUGUCUUUUCAGCAGCCACAGAUAGAUCCACUUUGCCAAUUUUCCUGCAAGACAAGGGGACUCUUGCUGGAACCAAGGAGCUUCUUGAAAAAAUGCAGACUUUCUUUGAGGAUGACUCUGAUUUGGAUGGACCUCCCGCUGGUUCUCAUGUGGAGGAUGGCGGCCGUUUGGAGUUCGCCUCAAUGUUUGACACACUCCACGCCCAAGACACACACAAUGACACUGAAUUUGUUACUGGCCCAGAUUAUGAAAAGGACUUUGUUGAAACAGAGAGGAAGACUCCUCUUCUUCAUCAUGAACUUGGGAAAAUCCAGAGUAAGCUGCUAACAGCCUGGGCUUUCAGCAUGUCUCUAGGAAAUGCUGUGGAACACAGAGCUCAUCUACUGAAGCAUACCCUCUAUUGUGUGGUGCGAUUUGCUGCUUUACUCCAUUUGAUACCCAAGGACCACACAGGAAGAAAGAAUACCUCAGUUUCUGCUUCCCUCCUCCAUCUUAUCAAAGCUGUUCUAUAUUUUCUUCCCUGGGAUAGCACUCAUUCAGAUGGGCCAUGCUGCCUGGGGCUGGUGGUAGAGUUCAGUAAACGGCUGGUACGUCUCCUGCUGACCCCUCACCCUGAAUCCUACCAGACCGGUCACUGUCAGCUCUCCUCUCAAAAUCUAUCCACCACCCUGCAUAUCUUGCAGCUGGUCUCUGAUUCCCUUGACCACACCUACAGCCUACAGCUAAGAACUGUCUGGUCCUCUGCAGAGAGAGACUCUCCUUCCCAGCCACCACAGCUCUGGCCUUCAGAUGUACACUAUGUGCCUCUGCUACAAGAAGAGAAGGAAAAGACACUCGGCUCGCUAAAUCAGGCACAACCUGUUCCCCAGCGACCAUCCAGCAGAUUGUUUGGAGUGUGGCAGUGGGUGUACCAGGUCACCCAGCAGUAUCUGGAAGAACUGAACAGCUUCAAAGGCUGUGAUGGCUGGGAGGAGGAACAGCAACAGUUGUCUUUCAUAAUGUCACAGAUCCAAACAGCUCUGCAGGCUACAGGAGAAAGGCUAGAGGAGGGCCCUGCACUGCUGAGUUACCCAGGUGAACAUCUUUUUCUGUUCGGGUUGUAUCCAAAAAGUGCUGAUGCUUGGCAGGCACAGAUUUGUGACGAGACUAACAAAAUAGGUUGUGAUCGUAGCGUCUUCCAGGAGGUACGGAUUUGUCUGGCACUCCUAUACAGUCUCUUGUCCCAGUACCGUCUAAGGGAAGCCCAGGAGUUGGGGGACCACAUGGCUCAUCUAAUACUGCACAGGGCUGGACACCAAAGGGACAACAUGGCCUGCAUAACAGACUCUCUUCCUUGCCCCUGGCUCCCGAUGGACCUUCACAGUGACACAGCCUGUGCAGUGGUUCAAAGCCUGGGAAGAUUCAUGGCCUCUUACUUCACCAACCAACCCCUCCACAUCCUGCCCCCUCACAAUGUGGCUGUCCUGCCUCCACUACAUUUGCCACAUGCCCCCAAUGUUGGGCGCUUGGUGCCACUGGGCCAAGAGGAGGUGGCUACAGCAGUUCGUCGCCAGCAGCUGUCAGAAGUAUGGACAGUGGAAUACGCCCAGGAUCUGCUCCUGCUGGGGGGUCUGCUUCCUGAGGCUGUGUGGUUGGCUUACCAUCUUGGGGACUGGAAGACAGCGGUGUCUCUGAGUCUGGCCUAUUCAAGCUAUUGCACUGACCACUUGGACUUUGCAGGGCUGAGGAGGAAGGAGCUCCACCUCCCAACAGUUUUGGAAGCAGAAAGCAUUUUUCAGGCUGAGUUGGAGUGUCUUCUUGGCCAUAAGUCUGACUCCCAGGACCACAGAGACAGAGAGGGUGACAAGAGCUUUACAGACCCUCUGGAAGGAGAAGACUGGGAUUUAUUGCAGGUUUCCAUACAGGAGAUUCUGAAAGCAUCAGUCGUGGCUGGAGUAAAUGUUAUGUCUUCACCAUUGUCUUCCUUGCUGGACAAAGCCAAAGACUUGUGUUCCUGCCUACCUAUGUUGGUGCCUAAUGGACUGUAUCUACCUUCCCCACCACUUUAUUGCCCUCAGCCUUCCCCCAACACACAGGACCCGAUAGGGACCGUAGGGCAGUUUGCAGAAGUUGCAUCUCGUCACAAAGUAUCAGGGGUUCUCCAAAGAUUACUUUUACUUCUGAGAUCUGCUCGUUGUUGUCAUCCUGCUGCCCAGUGGUACAUCACCCAUCUGCGCCGUGCCAGGCACCUACUACACAAGAUCAAGAAGAAGUAUUCAUAUCCAGCAGCUGCUGAAGAAGAAAGGGCUUUCCCAGAGGGCCUGAUGAAGUUUGUCACCCGCAGUGGAUUCUUCAAACGAGGGCCUAACAAAGACGGUCACUUGGACUCUGAUACCAUCCAAACUAUUAUCUGUUUCAGGGAGCUGUGUGGUUUAUGCUGGAUGCUGCAUGUCAGGGACAGACUCUCCAUUUCCUGCAGGAAGUAUCAGGCUGCCAGACAGCAUGGUAGAGAUGAACAGAUCCCUGUUGACUCAGAAGUUAGAGCGAGCUGCAUUGAUGCUCUCCACUGGGCCUGUCGUUUUCUGCCUUUUUCUCGUUUCCUCAAUGCUGAAGAAAUUCUCCAGGACAUCCUGCUCAGCCUUGUGUCUGAACUACCUCCCGUCUCUUUGGUGGCAGACACUCUGGUACGAGCCUUCCCGGAGGAGGAAGAGUCUGUCAGAGUCCCGCUGAGAGAAAAGUAUAACUCAGUGCUGCAGAGAGUGAGGCAAUGCAAUGUCCUUGAAGAGGAAGAAGAGGAGGUGAAUGAGUUGAUGAUGAUUCUGAUUCAAGACAAACAUAGGCAGAGGAGAAAACAUCUUGGGCGUUUGCGGAGGCACCUGGGCCCCCCUGAGCUCCAUCUGUGGGAGAAAGAGGAGGAAGAGGACGACAGGGGAGGCAAACACGGGAUGGCCAUAUUGAGGCAACUGUCACUGGGUACAAGUCUGAGCACCAGCACUUUAACCGACUGUGGGUUUCCCCCAGUGUGCAGUGAUGGAGACACAACAGAGAAUACAUCUGAGGCUAUCUCCCCUGAACAGCAUUGCCAACCCAUGACCAGGGACAAAAAAGCAAAAAGAGUGAGAGACAAAGAAUAUGCAAAGAAGACUGCUGUUAAGAUUGAAAGUGCCAUUCAGGAGGAGGUUCAGCCAGACGAUGACAAAGGGAAUGAGAAGUUCUCCCUCCCAGUGGUUGGCACCUGGGAGUUUGAGCUGGAAGAUGAAGAGUAUCUAAACUUCCUGGAGCUCUUCCUCAGCUACGUGCUAGAGAAGGAUAGUGCCGAUGGAGGGGACUCAGGCAGCGAGCUUCCUUUGUUGAAGGGCUUCUCCUCCCAGCUGAGGGAGAGAGAGUUGCAUUCUCUCACUUUUGAUGUGCUCACAACUAUUCACCGCCGUCAAAGAGAUGGGCACCAUACAGGGAGAAAACACUGGAGCAAUGACCCACCAGUGUUCAGGGCUGGGUGCUGCUACAAGCCUAUUAAACAAGGUGCAACACCUGAACCACAAACGUCUUCCAUCUGGAGUGAAGCCCCCCUAUCCAGAGCUAUCCUUUCUGUCAGCUCUCUUCCUGGGCUGAGAACUGGCAGGCAAAAAGGUUUGUUUGGCCUCCGGCAGCAAAGCAGUGUGCCUUUAACCCAAAGAAUGAAAGGAGGCCACUCAGGUUCUGAAACUAGCCCUUUUCAAAGUGCCUUUCCCAUGAGGCAGCCAUCAGAGAGCUUCAUAUUUGGCUCCUCAACUUCAGUGGAAGCUGUGAAUGAACUGCAGCAGGGCCUUGACCCUAAAUUAGAGGCUCAGUUUCCAGAGCUGGGCAGGCUGCUGGAAUGGAUGGUACGCUGGGCUGAUAGGAGGGUGCUACUGGGACAUCAUGGCAAAAAGAAGAAAGAGAGGGGAGGAGGGGAUGGAGGAACAGCCGAUGAAGGAGUAGUUAUUCGAGUCAAAGCCUCAGCACCUGCUGUCCUCACUUCCCUCAGCUUACUGGAGUGGAGGUACACUGCUCUACUCACGUCAGACCACUACAGUGCCCACAUCCAAGUUCCAGAAACACAAUGGACUGUAGCCCCUGUGCUGCAGCCUGAGGUGGACAGGAAGCUGGAGAGAGAGAGCAGUGUUGAUACAGGUUACCCUGGGUCAGCCAACACUCCCAUCACUGGUCUUGAUCACAAUGUACAGCAAGGAGAACUGUCCAUUGGCUCUUGCACAGAUGAUCCAGAGGAACUGACAUGUCACAGGAUGCCUCCUCCUAAUGACCAAGAUCAACUGAGUUUUGCUGCUCAGCAGAGAUGUUCCAGUUCACAAAAACCAUCUCUCUGUGAUUUAGAUGUUACACCUGAAAAAGAAGGCAAAAGUAGUGACAGUGAAGGACUGGAGGUGUCAUCCUCUGUUUCCCAUGGACACAUCUCUGAAAACAUCUGCACACCUGAAAGGAGUUUAAAACUUGCAGACCUGGAUGUCUCAGAAAAAGCUGAAGAUAUGUCCAGUUCUAUCUCUCUAAAUCUACAAGCUCCUCCACACCCAGAGCCCCAAGCUCUUCUUAUUGUCCAGCCUGAGGCCUCGGUUCACACAGAGCAUUCUGAUUCAACUGGAGUGCAGCUCCCCAAUACACCUAUAGAUCCUCCAAGCCUUCAGCCACAAAGCUCCACAGCUGGUGCACCCACUGCUUUUUCUACAGCCCCCAGUCAACCAACAUCCUCUCAGACUCCACCAAUGAGACAGCGACUGGGUGAAGACUUAUUUAGAUUGGUUCAGAAUAUCAACUACAUGAGCCUCAUGGAGGUUUUGGGAGCAUCUUUUUCCAACCUGCAACUUGCCCAGCAGAGCUCUUCUUUGGCUCAGUCUAACAUGAACUCCUCACAUCCAAAUGUGCCAUCAUCUCAUGUAACCAAUUUCAUCCCUGAACCAAAUCCCCUACCUGUUCAAACUGCCAUUUCUGUGUCACAGCAGACACAGGCAAGUGUGCCAAAUUCAGGAUUCAAGAACCCUCACUUCAGUCAGGCUGCUGCAUGUCUGUUUGCAGACCAGCCUGCUGAACAGAGCUUAGGGAAAAUCUAUCCAACAGCUGGCCAGUUUCAAAUAACAAGGAAUCUACCCUCCACUACCAGUGGUGCAGGUGUAAAUUAUCAGGAAAUGCAGCCACUCUCGGUUCAGGCAGAGUCACCAGAAAUCCAGUUUAUACAGAGCAAGAGGUUAAUCCCAUCCUCCCAGGGCCUCCUGGCCACUACUCACGCCAGUCACACUGUUCCCAGUUCUCCUGUGGUGCUGCCUUCUAAUGGUAGCAUACAAAAAGACCCUGCUUCCCAGGUCUCAGGCCUUAAGUUACUUCAGCUCCAGCGCCCUCCAUUGCCCCAGCAGAGUGCCCCACACUAUCCUCCAGCCCGAGGGCCCCAGACGCUGCACACUGCAUAUCCUGCAACUCUAGAAACCCAUCAGCCCAAGCUUAAACACAAUCACCAAGCUGCCUCAAAGAGGAAGGAAGAAGAAAAAAGAAAUGGGUCUUCAGUUCCAAGAAGACAACUCAGUUUUAAUCAUCCACAUGAUCCAUCUCCCUGGAACUCUCAACCCCAGAUUCAGACAUCAGAGAGGUCCAGGGGGCAGGAGUUCUCGUUUCUUCCUCCUGCUUUACCAGCUCACACACCUGCACCAAUGCAGGGCCUUCGCUUGCUGCACUUUCAGCCUGUUUCACACAGCAACAUCACAUUUCCUAAACUGCCCUGCCCAUCCUCCUCUCGGCCCUCUACUGUCAUUACAGCUCCAAUGGGAGAAACACCUCUGAUCAAGCUUCUACAUAUAGAGUCUGGACCAAAAAUGAUUUUGCCCCUGGCUACUCCUUCGAACCAAAUGACCCGUCUCAUGUCCAUGGAGGAGUUGACAAGUUCAGUGAUCAGGAGGCAGAACGCUGAAGAGGCUCAGUUGCAGUUGCUCAGAGUGGACCCACCUACUGAAAACCCUAGAGCAGCUACCACUUCUCCCAGCUCUAAGAGGCAGAGGAGGAGAGAGGUGAAGGAGAGGAGGGAAAGAAAAACAGAGGUCACAUUCAGACCAAAUGAGUCCAUCAUCCCCGUGCGAGAGCCAGCUGAUGGGCCUAUAAAUGAAGAGCCUACAGUUGCAGAGAAGAUCACCCCUGGACACGACUUUGCCAUUCCUCUUGGAUCCUUUGACUCUUUGCUGACUGGUCAGAGAUUAUUGGACAAGGCCAUGUCCACUUCAGCUGAGCUUCAUGCCUUUGCUUCCAUAUGUAAAAGACCCCCAGAGUGCCAUGAUGCUUUCACCAACACAGACCCAACUUCUACCCCCACACGCGUGGAUAAAGCUGUAUCUGCCUCUGUGACCACCAGUAGCCCUAAAUCACAAAGUUCACAGAAUUUCCAGGUUUGUACUGAACAUCCUGUUCAAGACACAGGGGAGACCCCAAAGAAAGCAGAAAAGAUUUUGGGUCUGCAUGGCCACCAGUUCAUAAGUGUCUUGGAUCUAGAAGACGAAGCCUUGCACCAUGAUUUGCCGCUGUGUCUCAGCCCAGAAACACAGGACAUUCCUCCCAUCCGCCCAUCUUCACCUACUUCUGCUGAGCUUCAUGUUCUUGCAACUUCUGUUAUUAGGAGUGGUUCUGCUGCUGCUGACCCACAGCCCUCCAGCUUAAUUACAGACAAUUUCCUGAAACCCACCAAUCACCCAGAAAUCCCUGAGGAUACUCCAUUACUCAGAUACAUUGAGCCCAGUACGUAUCCAGAGAGAAUCACUCCACAAGACAUGGCAGAUCCAUCUGACUCUGAGAUCUGUCAAGCCAUAAGGACGCAGAGUGUUGGACCUCACAGAGCUUCCUCGUCACCUCCUGCAGUCUGGUUCUCCUCUCGCCUGUCGGAGAUGGACGCCCAGUUGGCUGCACUACAGAACAUUGCAGACCAUCUGGAAAUGGACUUUUCCAACUCCAGGAUGCUGGUGAACACCAUUGAAACACUCACCCCAGUCUUGGCUCCUGAUGUGAAGAGUACCAUGGCAGUAAAAAAAACUGUCAGACUGUCUGUCCCACGUGAAGCUUGGACACCAAGAUCUGACAUUUUAAUGGAACCCAAAGCCUGUGAAGAGGAAGAGGAAAAUCAGCAGGACAAAUAUGUUCAUAGGGACUCCCGCACUCCAGAAAGAAAGCCUACUUUUCGUUAUUUAACUUCUCCUCACAGUCACACAGCUGGUCUUUCCUACCUUCACACCCCUCCAAAAAUGACGGAUCAGUUGAGCGAAGCAUCUGGAAUAUCUCAUGUAUGGGAAGAUGAGAAUCUGGGACACACCGGGCUAUCGGAUACAGCAGAAAUCUUAGACGAGUUGGUAAAGGAAGGGUAUUUAUCCCCGACUGACCUGAAUAUGUCCACUUCACACGCCGCACACUAUAGCAGCAGGCUGGGUGAGCAGCAAAGUAGCUGGAUGUCACAGAGAAGUGUCCUUCCAGAGGAUGAGAGGCGAGAGCUGAGGAUCUGGAUGAGAAGGAAACAGAGGGAAAGACUGGCUGUUUAUCAGAAACACAGAGAAAGCCUGAGGCAGAGGGAGCAUAAGCCUUUUACUGCCUCCGCAAAAGUGAAAUCAACAAACAGAAAUCAAGCAACCAUUUGGGAAACCAGAGAGGAAAAAGAAAAGUUCAUGCUUCUUGAGCAAUACAACCAGAGGACCCGUGAAGCUUGUUCUUUGGCCAGUGACUUCCCCACUUCUACUCAGAUCCUACGCAGUUCUUCACAGCCUGAAGGUCCUCCAUUACCUUCCAUCACACGGUCCACCUCCACUCCACCCUGUGGCAGCAGGCCUUACAGUGCACCUGCCAAUGAUAAAAGAAGUCUUAAGUCCCAGUCAGGACAAACUCAGCCCCGCCUUUGUCCAUGGACUGCUGAGGUACAGGCACGGCCUUCGGAGGAUCACAGCAGGAGACUGGGACUACAUAGACCAGUUACCUCUCUACCAAGAGACCGUCUGUCUCAGGUGACCAGACGUGGCAUGCUCAGUGACACAAAGAGCCACACUAAACUGUUCACGGAAAACCCGAGUGAGGAACGGCAUGUCGGAUACCAGAGAAAGACUCAUUUGAACAAAAGUCCGUCCCGGGGGCCUGCUGUAGGGAGAGGAAUCCAGAGGGAGGGGACGAAGGUGGAAGACAGAGAAGAGGUGAAUCUUUGGGAGCCCACCUCAGAAGUGAAUAGGCUGCUGGACCUAGAGGAGUCAGAGUCUAACAUAGUUUUGGCUAGGCUGUUGGAUGAGCAGGAUGGUGGUGCCAGAGCUGGUGUGUCAGGGAUGGACUGGCUGGACAACCUGUCGGAGAGCGCCAGCAGCAGCCUCAGCAAAAUAGACUGGGCUGCUAUCGAGAGGAUGGUGGCUGGAGAGGAAGCUUGAGUUUCAGUGUAUCAAGGAAAAGCAUUGACAUGUUGACAAUGAAGUAUAUGGUAUAUGACUGAAAAUGUUUUUUCCAAGAUUGUAUGUGCCUAUUAGAUAUACUGUAAAUCAGAAGUAUUGUAAACUGUGAUAAUAUAAAUUAUAAUCUUCUAUAAUAGUUUAAUUAAUUGCAUAUGAGUAGUAGGGAUAUUAAAUAUGUCAAGACAUGAUUGUUUUUUUAUUUGUAAAGUAGGCCUAACAUAUAUUAUAUGUAAUGUAAUCACUUUCAUUUUCAUAUAUAAUUUAAAAUAUUUGUUGUACUGACAUCUGAAAUGAUGUCCUCUUUUUGAAAAUGUAUAUUUGUAUGUGUAUUAAUGUAAAUGUAUUUUUGAAAAUGUCUGUGUGUAUGUGCAAAGUUUUUUAGAUUUAUAAUUUAUUUUUCUACAGACUUGACGACCCUACAAAGUAUCUUAAUAAAAACAUUUUAAAGCUGUUUUUAAUCAUUUUCAUUGUUGAACUGUAGCCUGAAAGAGCUCAGGUACAUGUGAAUCUUUAUGUUUAAUGUUUGACUUACUUUAUUCUUAGUUUGAGAUAUGUGUAGAAUAUGAUAUGUGGUAGUUUUCCAGCCCUUUCUACUUGUUGAUUUCAGCACCAGAUGUUCAGUGCUGAACAUCUUCCCGUCCAGAGCCUGGCAGGGAUACCUUUCAUCCAAAUAAUCUCACACUGUUCUUUGAUUUGAUGCAGAAAAAUACAUUUGAUGCUUAGAAAAUGUAUUGAUUGCUUUUGCAGUAAUUAAAUAUAUGCUUAGAAUACA